AAGAGAAAUAUAUUUGGGAAACUGUCAGGCUGUAACUCCCUCUCAGUCUACAGUCCCUUCAACCUACGCUACUCCCAUUUCUCUAAUUCUUCAACUAUUUACUUCAAACCCUUUUCUUAAUUUUUCUUCCAUUACCCUUACAAUGUUUCUCUAAUUAGCAAAAUAAAGAUUUUGGAUUUGGAACUCCUGAUCUACCAAAUACCAAAUACACCCCUUUUGAGGUUCUUCUGAUUCUGUGAAUUUCAGAUAAGUGCAUUCUUUGGACGUCUUUAUCAAAGGACCACCUAUGCAGUGAUCCAGUGUGAGGUUUUCAUUUAGAAACUUGAAAGUAAUGGGAAGCAGUAAAUUUCCAAAGCGUUACUUAAUUGUAUUUUUAACCUUCAUCUGCACCUCAGUCUGCUACAUAGAACGUGUGGGCUUUUCCAUCGCGUAUACUGCUGCUGCUGAUGCUGUAGGAAUAAACCAGACUAGCAAAGGUGUAAUUCUUUCAACCUUUUAUUAUGGUUAUGCCUGUUCACAAGUACCUGGCGGCUGGGUAGCGCAAAAAAUUGGGGGACGGCGUGUCCUCCUUCUUUCAUUUGUGUUGUGGUCUCUAACCUGUGCUUUUGUACCCCUCGACCCAACUCGACCAAUGAUCCUAGUAAUAGCCCGCUUGCUUGUUGGAGUGGCUCAAGGUUUCAUUUUUCCGUCUAUUCACACUGUCCUUGCACAGUGGGUACCACCACAUGAAAGAUCGCGAUCUGUUUCUUUUACAACUUCUGGGAUGUACUUAGGUGCAGCUAUGGGUAUGCUUAUGCUUCCUAGCCUGGUAAAAUUUAGAGGUCCGCAAUCUGUAUUUCUUGCUGAAGCGUUUUUAGGCGCAUUUUGGUCUCUAAUCUGGUUUACUUACGCAACCGAUCCCCCUCGUUCUGAUCAUCGAAAAGCAACUGCUUCCGGCUUUGGAGAAUCCUUACUUCCCAUCAGAGGGAGUUCAAAGAUGAAGGCAGAGAAUGGAGUACAUUCCACUAAAAUCCCUGGAAUCCCAUGGAAGCGCAUCCUCAUUAGCUUACCGGUUUGGGCUAUUGUCGUUAACAAUUUUACCUUUCAUUAUGCUCUUUAUGUGCUCAUGAACUGGCUUCCGACAUACUUUGAAUUGGGUCUCCAGCUCAGCCUUCAAGAAAUGGGUUCUUCUAAAAUGAUGCCAUACUUUAACAUGUUUAUAUUUUCAAAUAUUGGUGGGGUGAUUGCGGAUCACCUUGUCACCAAGAAAAUCCUGUCUAUUACUAAAACCAGAAAAGUUUUGAACACAGUGGGUUUCAUGGUUGCUUCUGUUGCAUUGAUGGCUCUUCCAUUGUUCAGAACAUCUGGCGGCGCUUUGUUUUGUUCCUCUGUGGCCCUUGGUUUCUUGGCAUUAGGAAGAGCUGGGUUUGCAGUUAACCACAUGGACAUUGCUCCAAGAUAUGCUGGAAUUGUUAUGGGAGUUUCAAAUACAGCUGGUACAUUAGCUGGAAUUGUUGGGGUUGACCUCACUGGUCGACUACUAGAAGCUGCAAAAGCCGCUGAAUUGGAUCUUACUAGUCCAGAUAGCUGGAGAGUCGUAUUUCUCAUCCCAGGGGUGCUUUGCAUAUUUAGUUCUUUUGUUUUCCUAGUGUUGUCCACUGGGGAAAGAAUUUUUGACUAAAGUGUUUGUGAAUAUACAGUGGUUUAUCUGUAACUAUAUUUUUGGAGAAGCAUUUCUAGGAAGAAUAUAGCAUAGUUUAGGCUCUACAGUUCAAAUUGGAAAGUUCCUGGAAAUGGCUACUGGUCAUUGGGGCCAUUAAUACAUUCUUCAAUCUGAAUUCUUUCUAUCCUGCUCAUUACUGAAGAAAGAUAUUUAUACAAAGAUCAAAAGGUUCUAUCAGCAAUUGCGACUUAAUUGACAGAUUCUUCUAGGACAGAGAUAUAUUGCUUCUUGGUCCAGCUGUUUCCGUUAAAUAUACUGGUUGCUUUUUGGAGCUUUAACAAGCUUAGGUUUUGAUUAUCUAUACUUUGAAUUGACAACCAAGGUGUUCCAUGGUGGUAGCAGACGUUUCCUCAGAAAAAAAGGUGUUUAAUCUGAACAUAAGCAUAUAGGAAAUAAAUGGUAGAAAAUAUUUCAUGUAUCAUGGUUCCAUAACUUGAUAGUCAGCUAUAAAUGUUUUUAUAGUUAACUCUUGA